AUGGCCGACGAGCUUUUCGCUCAUGUUGCUGCCGGCGAAUACGUUGCCGUGCUCACGUCGGAGCCGGCGCGUAUUCUCAUCCGGGACCUCGUCCGCAACCUAAAAGCUUCAGGGGUUAGCGACAAUAACGUGUCGCCAGCUUCUAGCGUCUUGACGGCGGCACAGACGGCUGCUGUCGGCCUAGCCGCCUUGAACGCCUUCUUGCAGCUGAACGUGACCGGCCCUGUUCUGGAGCAGGCGCAUGCCGUCGAGUCUAUUUUCCAAAAUGAGUUCAACGUCGACCAACCCGAGCCUACGAACGGCGACAGCAAAAGGAAUCUUCGCGACAGGUGCCUCAGGUCGCUUGACGUCGACGGUGUGGCAGUCUACCCCUACAUACCGAGCAUAGAGUUUUUCUCCUUAGCAAGACAUGCUCUCAUCACCCAUUCCUGCCAUCUGGAUACCGAUAUAAAGGGACUUGCCGACCCGGCGCUGCGCAGUUCGUCGUGGUUGAGGUUGCGCUUGCUGGUAUGGCACCACAAGCUGUUUAUACAUCCCUCUCUCGGCGCGGGGUCCAGCUUCAACAAGGGCUCCCAAUGGACCGAUCUGCCGACUCUAGAGCAGCAGAUCAGGGAAGCGCUCGCCGAGGCCGAUGAGAACGUCCUGUCCUCGCCAUCAUCAAUCGUCUUUACCACUGAGCAAAAAGUGCAGUUUCUCCUGGAAAAGGUCAACGUCUACAUAACGCUGGGUCUGGAUGCCAAGGCCAAGGAGGCUUUGGCUGAGGCAUCACGGUUGACUGGGUUCGUCUACUCUCUUUCUGGUGCACUGGGGAAGCGCACCAAGUUUCAGGAGAACAGCACAAGCCAGCUUGUGGUCCUGGCCAAGAGCGCGGCAGCAGAUGAUGGCUUGCAGGCCGAGGCAGAUACGAGCACCAAGUCGUCGGCGGCUCCUGAGGCAUUGCCGCUGAACGACGACACUCUUCUCGAGAAGGUUGACUUCACCGAUGCUAAUGCCAACCCCACAGCUCAGGUGGGCGUACCCGAGGCGCUCCGAGGUAUAGCACCAGAUAGCCAGCCUCAGUUGGCGCCUCUUGACCAGAUCAUCCUUUUGGCCGAGGCCACCUUGAAGGACGCCUUCUCACCUGCCGAUAGCCUCACAUCCGAGGAAAUCCUGCCAUUUGCCGAAAGGGUAGUCUCAGAGAAAUCGACAAACUGGCAGAUUUACACUCAAGCCCUCUUGGUACGAUCAAGGAUUGAGGUUCAUCGAAGUAGGACAGUUGAGAGGGGUAUCCUCCAGAUGCAGGCCGUGGUGGAUCAAGUACUUGUCGACACAUCUGCACCGGCCCCUGAAAGCAAGCGCCAAGGCGACCCCAACGGUUCUGCAAACGAUGUCCCCAGCAUCGAGGUUAGCACGCCAGGGGAAGCCAAGCCAGCACCAGUCAACAAGCCUACCUCUUUCUUCCCCAAAGCAGACCCCGCCGACUCUGCUCCCGCCAACGUCCGCCUCCAAUACGUCCACGCCCUCUCAUCACCACCAAGGUGGCAUCUAGAGUCCGAACUUGCAUUCUCCUGGACGUCUGUCGGGUCCCUCGUCGCCGCCCUCGACAUCUUCAAGCGCUUGCGCCUCUGGGCCGAAGUUGCACUCUGUCUAGCCACCGCUGGUGCGCACGGAGAGGACGAUGAGGGAGGUCGCGGCCUGGGAAGCGAAGAGAAAGGCCGAGCGGUGGUGCGAUGGCGGCUAUUCCAGCCGACGCCCGAGGCUGCAGAUAGCGCUCCUGGACUAGAGGAUCUAGACGUGGACGUAUCCGUCUUGCGAGCCGCUCACUUCACCGGACCAGAGCGUGAUCCACCUCCGCCGAAUGCGCCGCGUCUUUACUGCAUCCUUGGUGACCUAGAGCAGAACUCGGAGCACUACGAGAGGGCCUGGGAGAUUUCAGGUCGGAGGUAUGCUCGAGCACAACGUAGCCUGGGAGAGUUCCACCUCCAGCACCAAGACUGGGAAAAGGCCAGAGAGGCGUACAUCAAGGCAACGUCAGCAAACCGUUUGAGUCCAGAGAUGUGGAGCAGACUCGGAGAUAUCAACCUGAGGCUGGGACGAUUCUCCGAUGCCGCCGAGGCUUUCAGACGAGCCAUUGCUUCAGCAUCAGGCACAGAAGGGGGCGAGGAUGCAAGGACAUGGAGCAAUCUUGGCAGUGCACUCUACAGCCUACAUUGCGAAGCCGUCGACGGCGCCAAGAAGGCGAAACAGUCUGGAAGCGACGAUGCUAAAGCAAGCACAGCCAAGGCUGUCGUACCCGCGCCCGAUGAGGAGGAAGACAUCGCACUGCAUACAACUACGGGUCAAGACGACGCAGUCACUCUCCUUGCCCAGGCACUGUCGGCCUACAAGCGAGGUGCUUCCAUGGCCCACGACAACUGGCGCAUCUGGGACAAUGUCCUGACUCUGGCGGCCCGUACACGCCCUCCCGCCGUCGCCGAAAUAAUCGCGGCCAUGCGUCACAUCCUGCGGGUCCGCGGAACGGAGGAUGCCGUCGACGCCGACAUACUGAGACUGCUCCUCGACACCGCCCUGCUCCCGCACAAGCCGCAGAUCGCGCGCGGCUCGAUCCAAAAGAAUGUAGUCGACCUUUUCGAGGAGCAGGUUGCGCCCAUGGUCACGUCUCGGUCCGAGUUGUGGGCGCUGAUCGGGCGAGAGCGCGCGUGGCGCGGCGACUACGGUGGCGCCAUCAACGCGGCCGAGAAGGCAUGGCGGGCGGCGGUUGGCGGCAGCGGAGUGGGCGUGGCCGGUGGCGGCGGCGCUUCCCUGCUCGCCCCCGGCACUGCGGCUGGCGACGGCAAGAAGGAGAAGGCGGACUGGAGACUGGACCAGGGUGCCUGGGACGAGGUCGUGGCGCGGACGGACGAGCUGGUCGGGCUGCUGGAGAACUAUGGGCCAGACGUGGAGGCCAUCGGGACGCGGUGGAAGGGCAAGGCAAAGACUGUGAUCCGUAGUGUGCUCGGCAAGGCCAAGGAGAACUGGGAGGGUAGUGAAGGGUGGGUGACGCUGGAGGGGCUACUGGAGGGAUUACAGUCAUAG